AUGAACACAACAAAUACCACUACUGUUAAUAUGACCAUGUUAGGGGCUGAUAUGAUUCCGAUAAACACCCUUUUUCCAGUUCUGUUUCAAAUGAGUAACCUACAAGUUAUCGUGUUUUACAAAUACAUAAUACCGAUUCUAGUCAGCAUUGUUGUUGUUUGCAAUACUUGCAGUGCAGGAAUUUUCUUGAAGAACAAAUUAAGAAAUUCUACGCACAUGUUGCUGCUGAGUAUAUGCGUGUGCGACAUGCUGUCGAGCUUGAUGAUGGGUAUUAUCAGUGUGUAUGUGUUUUACUAUGAGGAUUAUUAUGAUUAUCUCCCUUACAGAAUAUGUGAGGUGUACACAUUCAUGUACAACUUUUUACCGGUGUUUUUUCAUUAUACAUCUAACUAUAUUAUCGUUGGACUUGCUGGUCAUCGAUAUAUUUGUGUUGUUUAUCCAUUUGUGGCAAAGCGCAUCUGCUCUAAGAAAAAUACCAUGAUAUUCAUCCUAUUUUCCUUUCUAUGUUCAGGUAUAUAUUUAGCUUUUCAAAUUUAUUCUCAUUCUUACUAUAUCAUCGAAACACGAUCCUUCUACAAUGCCAAUGUGACAGUAUCGGCCUGCAGUAUAGUGAUAUCCAACUUCACGUUGUGGUAUAUACACCCUAUUUUAUUUACUUUUAUUCCGUUCGUCAUUCUUAUUUGUCUCGAACCAGCUAUUCUAAGAACAUUACAGAGGUCAAGGUCGUUGAAGACCGCAUCGUCAUCGUCUACCCGCAACUCGUCUCGGUCCCUGUCUGUGAUCACACUUUGGGUGGUUUUAGCAUUUAUGGUGUGUGAAUUUCCCUUGGUUGUAUAUAUGUGUGCUACAUUUUCUUGUCUGGAGUUUAGAAUGUGUUCACUCUUGUUUACUCCUUCCUGGUAUGUCUACACACAUUACACAUUGUUUAUAACAUCAUGUAGCCCCAUUUUUAAUUUCAUCAUCUACAUAACUUUUAACAGAUAUUUCAGAAAAACGUUUCUUGAUAUUUUCAUUGGUUGUAAAUCUGGAAGUACAAAACGCUUGACGCUGGAAAGUUUUCUACGUGAGACUCAUGUAGAAUUACUACGUUCGCGAUCGAGUAGAAGUACAUCUACGACGUAA